CUCACAACCGACGUCGAUGAGUGCCAAGGGACUACCUCCGCCGUCUGCAUCUGAAGGACAAUCGUCAGCCGCUGGAGACGGCCCGAUUGGAGGAAUAAAGCAGGCUCAUGCCGACAUGGUUGCUUGGCUUUACAAGCCACAUGGUGGCGCAGUGGAUGAUCAGCUGAAAAAGAUUGAUGCAGCUAAUGUGAAACGAGAACAUAUUGCCUAUGGAGUCAUAGGAUUGGUGAGCUUGUAUCUACUUUUUGGAGAAGAAGCGAUGUUUCCCUGCAUCAUCCGCUGUUGUCAUCAUUCGUGGAAAGAAAGGAACAGAAGCUGUAAAUCACUUGAUUCCUGCUUAUUAUCUCUUGAGGACUGCGUUCUUGAUUUUCCUAUUCCUUCCCCAGACUCAAGGAGCUCAACUGAUCUACAACAAAGUAAUUGAACCAAUAGCAAAGACAGUGGAAGGAUUUGGAGG